UUUUUUCCUUCCUUCAGCUGUACCAUCUAGUGCUUGCAUGGAGGAGGGAGGAUGAGCAAGCGAAAGAAGAGUGAAUCAUCUGUUGGGAUGUGGACUUCAGGUAAGUCUUACCCCAUGUAUCAGAGCAGCAUCAACCAGGCCCUUGCUGCUCUUCAGCAGGUCCUUCCCAGCCAACAUAUCACUUCUGCUGAAAAGAUUGAGGGCGAUGGCAUUUCUCAGUGCUAUAUUCCAGAGGCAGCUGCUCAAUACAUCCAUCAACUCCAGAGUGACCUGAUGCAGGUCAUCUCAUCCCAGGUGAACUCUGGUAUGGGAUCAGGGAUGAUGUUCUCCACACCUUCCUUCUCCAAGCCAUCGUUUACAACCCAUCGUGGCUCAAGUGAGGCUGGAAUUGCUUUGGACUCCCAGAUCCCUGCAGGGCACCAUAACCUUCGCCCUCGCAAGAUACCCUGUUCUUAUCUUGAACUGCAUUUGCAGAAGCCGAUCCAGGGUUGUAGUCCUGAGGAGCAGGAGGGCUUAUUCAAGGGGCUCGAAGAUAUCCUCCCUCUCUCUGCCCUACUUCCUCCCCAUCCAGUCAUUGAAAAAAUCCUCCAUGAAUGAUGUUGAUCCGUAUCCCCUAAUCUCAUUCCUUGUGAUUCAGCAUUAUUGCACUUG